CACGUGGAAAAGAAAGGUUCCCACGAACAGCCAUGGCCACUUUGAAAGAGAUCCUAACUAGGCGACCCGUCGCCGCCGCCAUCAGGCUCACUGUCCCUGCCGGCGGAGCUCGGCCAGCGCCAGCGGUGGGCCCGGCGCUUGGUCAGUACCGGCUGAAUCUGAUGGCCUUCUGCAAGGAUUUCAAUGCCCGAACUCAGAAGUACAAGGCGGACACACCCAUGGCCGUCACCAUCACGGCUUUUAAGGACAACACCUUCAAGUUCACCGUCAAGUCGCCGUCGGUCACUUGGUACCUGAAGAAAUCCGCCGGGAUCGAGUCUGGGAGCGGCCGCCCAGGCCAUGUGGUCGCCUCCACGCUCUCCCUCAAGCACAUUUACGAGAUCGCGAAAGUCAAGCAGUCCGAUCCUUAUUGCCAGUACAUGCCAUUAGAGUCCAUUUGUAAGUCCAUUAUCGGCACUGCCAAUAACAUGGGAAUUAAGGUUGUUAAGGAAUUGGAUUAAUGCAAUACCUAAAUUUUUGGGGGUUUUCUCCCUUUCUUCUUCAGUAUAUCGCUUCAAAUUGAGAAUUUUUUUCAGUGACCUCA